GCGAAUUCAUCACUCGCGAGCGUUCUUGAGGCACGAAACUGCUGCGCGACAAAGACAAAAACACCAGAAAAUAUCUCCAAACCUGAAAAAACAACCACUUUCUCCUCAGAAACCGCUCGACGUCUGAGAAAUAUACGAACGGAGUAUAUCAUAUUUUCAAAUGAGUGGAAGAAUAUCGACUUAGUCGACGACGCUUUAAGAUAAAUUUGAUGACUCGUUGUAACGGUUAAAACGGUCACUUCGGUCUCUGACAGCGGGAAGGCUUGAACAAGAUGAACAACAAAAUUGAAAAAGAAAACGAAAGCAGUGAAUUCAGCAACCACGAGGAAGAGGUCCGGACUCUGUUUGUCAGUGGCUUGCCCUUGGACAUAAAGCCGCGUGAGCUUUAUCUCUUGUUCAGGCCGUUUAAAGGUUACGAAGGCUCAUUGAUAAAGCUUACCUCAAAACAGCCGGUGGGGUUUGUGAGCUUUGACAGCAGAUCAGAGGCAGAGGCAGCCAAGAAUGCGCUGAACGGCGUUCGCUUCGACCCGGAAAUCCCACAGACUUUGCGGUUGGAGUUCGCCAAGGCCAACACGAAGAUGGCCAAGAACAAACUAGUGGGGACACCCAACCCCCCUCCUUCUCAACAGAGCCCUGGACCACCCUUCAUCAGCAGGGACCCCUAUCCGUUGGCUCCCACCAGCAGAUGCUCAGGGCUGGAAGUCCAGGCAGUUCUGCUGAAAAAUGUCAGUCCAAAAUCAGGGGCCUCCAGACUAACUUUCUUCAGUCAUGGACCACAGGUUAACACCACGCCCCCACCGGGCUACAGGGCAAAUCAAGACCACCUCUGCCUCCAUCACACAAUCCCCCCUCCGCUCCGCUCUUUUUUCUACUGUUACACCACUAACACUUUAAUAGAAGGAGUACACACAAAGGUAGCAUUAAAAAAUUGCUGCAUUUGUGCUGCCAGUGGUGUCACUUAUAUGUUUCUGCUACACGAUGUGUGCAUGAUAAGACUGUAUAAAAAAACUAUGAAUUUUCCGCUCAUUAUUCUGUUAUUAAUCUUAAUGAGUAGCUACUAUGACUUAUUCUAAUAAUCAGUAACCACUAUUAAACAAAAAUCAAAGUUCUGCAGUUCUGAGAGUGAGACAUUGAGCUCCACCAACAAAUGUAUUCUUUCAUAGCAACUGUUGAAACGUUGGACAAGCGUUACAGAGCACAGGUCAAAAUCCCACUCAGCCUAAUGAGAAACUGUAGCACUGUAGCAAAACUGUUGUGAAAACACCUUUAUUUAGUGUGUUUUUAAUUUCAAUGGUUAUUUAUAUUGCAUCUGUGGGAAAGGUCCCACUGUCAGGUUAGAUCAGAUGUAGUUGUUUUGAAUUUAGCUAACAUUGCCAAGCAAUUUCCAAGCUACCUAGUAAUUUCCGCACUCAAUUAACUACAAGCUUGGUACGCUAACAUUUUAAUCUCAGAACUCAACAUUAUGUAGAAGCUCUAGACAAACAUUUUAGCCCUUCAGUAUGAAUAACUACAAACUUAUUUAAAUAAUUAUUUUAACAAAAAAAGACUUAUGUUUUCUUAUUCGGUUGAAUGUUUGUUUCGAUAAUGUUCUGUACAGAUAGCAACAGUUGCUAUGAAAGAAAGUGUAGGCUCACAUUUGUACUGCUUGUACAAAUCUUCAGUUUUUCACCACAAACUCUGUGACUUCAUAACUGAAUGUGCAGUUAUGACAAAGCCAUGCAGGUGACAUGUUGAACUCCUUGUAUUGAAAUGUUAUGGUUGUGUAUUAAUCAUAUUAUCUCUACCAUUAUUAUUAUUAUUGUUAUUAUUGUCGUUGUUGUUAUUUACAUUGAUUAUACCUAAAAAGAAAUUCUGAUCAAGUUGAUGCAUGACUCGCCGAAAUGGUGACGCUGUACAUUUUUAGAUAUUUUGAAGAAAAACUACGAAGUA